AAGGUCCAAGCAGGCACAUUGAAACCCUUGCAGUGUAUAUAUUAUUUAUAACACAAGAUGGCGUCGGCACUGCUGAUUGCUGUUUUAGUAUCGUGCAUUACAACCCUACAAUGUUUCAAUGAAAAAGGCGAGGCCCCGACGCCCAGGUUCCUGACGAGAGACACAAAUGUGACUGUGUUUGAAGGCUCAAAUGUCCUGCUGCCCUGCGCCGUGCAACACCUCGGCACUAGCCAGGUAUUGUGGCGGCAUACGUCUUCUCCGUCCCCAUUGACUAUUGGAUCAAUGGCUUUUACCAGCGACGCUCGUAUAAGUGUACAUCAUAAGAGACACUCGCCGGAAUGGAACCUCCACAUCAGACACGUCUCCACCAAGGACGGUGGUCUGUUUACCUGUCAGAUAUCAAAGUCAGGGCAGAGUCGCAAUGUCUUACUGACGGUUCAAGUUUCUCGGAGACGAGUCGUUAGUGUCAAAAAUAUAAAAAUCUCCGGUCCCAGUUACGUGGAGAAAGGAAAUGCAUUGCGCCUUGUGUGUAACGCCACAGGAGUUGGGUAUCCCCCCGAUCGCAUUGAUUGGUUCAAGGACGGUCACAAGAUCACUCAGGAUGACCGACUUCAUAUUCAGAUCGUUAUGUCUAUCGUGGAGAGAACCAUAAUAAGCUCGUUGUAUAUCAAGAGAGCCAAGAUGACCGAUGCUGGGACGUAUGUUUGCAGAACAUCGGAUCUUCAGAUUACAAGCACCAAAGUCUUUAUUCUCAAUAUUUCUUUCAGAGAUGACGAGGAAACAGGGACCAUAACUCAUCAUACGUACAGCAUCACUCAUCUCACCUAUCCUAUCGUAACCAUGGAAGGGACAAACGUCACGUUCUUGUGUUCCACGCUGCCAUGGUUACAGGUUCAUUCCAUGUGAAAAAUAAACAGUUUGAAAUGAAA